AUGCGCGGGCGCGCGGUGCUCACGCUGGUAGUGCUGGCGCUCGCUGUGGUCGCUGCGCGGGAAUUGCGCGUGCUGCAAGAGGACGCGCGCACCGCGUUCUACUUGGCGAUCGCCGCACCACCUUCAGCCGCCGCUGUCGUGCGCGCCUUCAAUCGCACCCUCAGCGAGAUAUCGAAAACCUACCUUGCAGGCGAUUACCCACUGUACCUGCGCAAUAUCACGCUGCUGCCACUUUACAUAGAGCUACCAGAAGAUGAAAGAUUCAAUACGCGGGUGCUGGAAGAAACGUGUGCGGCGUUCGAUGGUCGUCGCGUGGCGGCACUUCUGGUCUGCGGUGGUGGCUCUGCCGCCGCCGCUAUGGUGUCGACCGCCACGCGCGCUGGUGUACCCGUGCUACGCGCAUCCCCUUCUAACCUGCAUUUCUCUUAUACAAUUGCCAAUGAAUUGCUGCCUUUGGAGGUUCGUUUGGAGAUAACCGCACGAGAAACUUUGCAUGCACUUAGGGCCACUCUUCUGCACACACACUGGCAUUCAUUUACUUUACUCGCUGAGGAAGAUAUAUAUACAACAUUAUCACUAAGGAAGGAUCUGUCUUCAAUUCUUACCACACAACCGCUUAAUCCUAAAUGGCUUUCACUUCCUGUCAAGUAUACUCGCCGUGCUAUUUUCAGGCGUCUUGCUGAGGUCUCAAGGCUAACAAGAGGUGUCGUCGUCUUGAUAUGUAAAAUACAUUACACAAAGCUCGUGAUGGAUGAAGCAAAACGUCUUAACAUGCUUGAUGGACAUUUUUUUUGGAUAUGGAUUGACGCUUCAAGCGACUUUGAUGUCUUCCAAAACAUCAGUAACCGAACAAAUUUCGAUGGAGAUAUCAAGGAAAAUUUUCAAACGUCUAGACCUAAGAAAGAAGAAUUAAAAAGUGAGGCUAUAGAACGGAAAAAACGAGACGCAGACAAUAAUACGAUAGAGAAUGUCGAAACUCCUAGUGUAGGAAGAAAACUUAGUCAGGUUAUGAAUAAUAAUAAUAUUGAUAAUAAUAAUUCUUCUGUUAGAAACGAAUCGAAAAAUUUUACUUUUCGUCGUGGUAGUUGGAAUAUAAAUAAAUUCGAAACGCACACAAAUCACAAAUUAUUGUAUGUAAAUUUUAGUCAAUCGUAUGAUAGUAGUCGCAAUAUUAGUGAAGAUAUCGUAAGAAAUUAUAAUAUAAAAAAUAAAGGCGUUGAAACUUCUAAAUUUGAAAUCAAUUCAAUUGAGAAGGAAAAUAAAUCCUUCCCAAAUAGAAAUAAGAAUAGGCGUACUAGUUUUAGUAAAUUAAAAAAUGAAUCUUUUAAUAAAUAUGUAAAUAGUAUAAAUGUGAAUGAAUUAUAUGAGAGUAAAAAAGUAAUAUUCGAUAAAGAAAUAAUAAGUAGUAUUGAUAAUAAAGACCUAAGAGAUAGUGUAUUAUUUUCAAGUGAUAUUAGUGAUUUCAUAAUGAAUCCCACGGUGCAUACAUCUACAAUGAAUAAAGUUAGAGAAAAAGAAAAAAAAUAUGAGUAUCGAAUGGAACAAGACGAUGAACCAAUUACUGAAGUGAAUGACAGUAUCACCGAUAUGUUCAAUUCAUUACCAGUCGGUUUACUGGCUUUAUAUCCGCAUCCAAUGAAAAUUGAUGAUACAUUUUCGCGCGCUGCUUUACUAAUGAUGGUCGGAGGGCUACGGCGUGUGCUACGUGCUUGCGAUGCGUGGUCUGCUCAAGCGCAGUUUUUUAGCGACGCUGCAGCAUCAUGUUGGGACGAACCUAGUGAUGCUGCAUCAGAUUUUUCUAUGGAAUUUAUUAGGGAAAUGCGACUAUCAUCAGCUUCAGCGUUAGCUGGUGCCUCAGAGCAGGCCUUAACAGCAUCAUUUUCUUUUUUAAAUCUAAUAUCUAAUCCCGAACGUGGUAACAUAUGGCGGGAAGUCGGUAGUAUUAGAGGACGCAAUGUAAAACUUCAUACGAUUGUAUGGCCUGGAGGUAGACUUGUUGCCCAUGGUCAAUCUUCUGGUGCCCGCACUAUAUUUCGCAUAGUUACUGCCUUAGCUCCUCCUUUCGUUAUGGAAGGUGAACUUGAUGAAGAUGGUCAAUGCCUAAGAGGUUUGCUUUGUCAUCGCCCACAAACUUCCGAUCGUGAUAACCUUACUCUCGUUUUUAACGUCUUGGAGAGAGAAAGUGAUCAGGACCCAGAUGAUUUCUUUUUUCCAACAUCAAAGCCUAAGUCAUUUUUUAAAAUGGCUUCUCACUGUUGCUAUGGUUUCGCUAUGGACUUGCUGGAGAACAUUGCUCAAGAAUUAGAGUUUGAUUUUCAUUUAUAUAUUGUUGAAGAUGGUCUAUAUGGUGCAAGAAAAUUGGUUAAGCCGUUUCGAAGGAUCUACGAAGAAAACAAUAUAGAUAAUAUUAUUUGGUCUAAUCAGGAAAAUGAUAAUACCGAAAAUAGUUAUGAAAGAUUUCAUAAAUACAAAAUUACUGACAGAAAAAAAAUUAUAAAUAAUGACAAUGAAGACGAAAAAUCUGAAAAAUGGGACGGCAUUGUUGGAGAUUUAGUUUCAGGAGCCGCUCAUAUGUCCUUCGCAGCUCUUAGCGUAUCGGCCGCUCGUGCAGAAGUGAUUGAUUUUAGUCAGCCAUACUUCUUUAGUGGAAUAUCUAUACUAGCUGCUCCUAAUCAAAGGCCAGAUAUACCUUUACUAGCAUUCUUGCUACCCUUUUCCCCAGAACUUUGGAUUGCAAUAUUCACCUCACUAAAUGUAACAGCGAUUGCUGUAGCGAUAUAUGAAUGGCUGUCUCCAUUUGGACUAAAUCCCUGGGGAAGGCAAAGAUCAAAAAAUUUUAGUAUAUCUAGCGCUUUGUGGGUAAUGUGGGGCUUACUUUGUGGACAUCUUGUUGCGUUUAAAGCACCUAAGAGUUGGCCUAAUAAGUUCCUCAUAAACGUGUGGGGUGGAUUUUCUGUGAUAUUUGUCGCCAGCUAUACUGCCAAUAUUGCCGCUCUUAUAGCCGGAUUAUUUUUUCACAAUGCUGUCGAUGAUUAUCAAGGACGUAGUAAUUGGCUCUCCUUACGAGUAGGAACCGCUAGAUCUUCAGUAGCGGAAUAUUAUGUUCAACGAAAUAAUCCACAGCUGGCGCAACAAAUGCGUCGUUAUGCCCUCCAAGAUAUUGAAGAAGGAAUUCAGCGACUUAGGAAUGGAACUUUGGACCUUUUGAUAGCCGACACAACUGUUUUAGACUAUUAUCGCGCCACAGACCAUGGCUGUAAACUCCAGCGAGUGGGGGACCACGCGUUAAUACAAGAUACCUAUGCAAUAGGAAUGUCUAAAGGAUUUCCUUUGAAGGAUAGUAUAUCAGCAGUAAUAGCAAAGUACUCAUCAAAUGGGUAUAUGGAUAUCUUAACAGAGAAAUGGUAUGGAGCUUUGCCUUGCUUCAAACUGAGCCCGGAUUACGGCAUUCAACCGAAACCUCUCGGCGUAGCCGCGGUAGCGGGUGUGUUUAUCUUGCUGGGAGUGGGAAUGAUUGUUGGAUGCUUAAUAUUGAUUUUGGAACAUCUUUUUUACAAAUAUACUCUUCCCGUUUUACGUCAUCAGCCAAAAGGAACUAUAUGGAGGAGCAGAAAUAUAAUGUUUUUCAGUCAGAAAUUGUAUAGAUUUAUUAACUGCGUGGAACUGGUUUCACCACAUCAUGCAGCAAGAGAAUUAGUUAAUACUAUCCGUCAGGGACAUUUUACUUCCCUUUUUCAGAAAAGCGUAAAGCGGAAGGAACACGAACAACGCAGAAGAAGAAAAAGUAAAGCCCAAUUUUUCGAAAUGAUUCAAGAAAUUAGAAGAGUACAGCAAGGACGUGAUCAUUCUUUAGAUUCGAUUAAAGAGAACGUUGUGGUUGAGACGUCAGAAGUUUCUGAAGAAGUUACGGACUCAAAGUUCUUAUCUCCGUCUCCAGAAGUUUCAAGUCGGUCGCCGCGACAAAGUAGAUCUCCGCGACAACUUCGUUCACCGAGAAGUCGACGAAAAAGAUGUAGCCUCGCCGGACUCAAUGUUCGGCGCUUCAGUACUGAUUCCGUUUUAGAAUCAGAUUCUGCAUCUAUAUAUGAAAAAACUAGCUUAAAUAUUGGCAGGCGAUUAAGUCGUGACGUUAGUUUCUUAACUAGCUCUCCUCCAGAUAUUAAUACUAGACUUAGAACACCAUCUCCUAUGGUAAGAAGACCGGGGGGCUCUUCAACUAGAUCCUAUCAGGAUGUUUCAGACUCGUCACCUAAUUAUUUGACUAUAGACGGUACGAGCCAUGGAGCGAGUAUAGAAAUAAUGGUAUCUGAAGAAUCUGACAUAUCUCCAGCCCCACCAUAUCCUCGUAUGUCUCCAAUAGGUGCAAGGUCAGAAUUAUCUCAAUUAUCAGAAGAUGAACUUAUCAGAUUAUGGCGAAGCUCUGAGCGAGAAGUAAAGGAAGCAUUAUUAGCAGCGUUACAAGAAAGGAGAGCAAAUCUCGAUCCGAAGCAAGAUCCGGGAUGA